AUGGGCGACCUGCAGCAUUUCUGCCUGCGCUGGAACAACUACCAGAACAGCAUAACGACCGCGUUCGAGAACCUGAGGGACGACGAAGAUUUCAUCGACGUGACGUUGGCGUGCGACGGCAAGAGUCUCAAGGCCCACCGGGUGGUCUUGUCCGCGUGCAGCCCUUACUUCAGGGAGCUGUUGAAAGUGAGUGCACUCCCGGAUAUCGUACUGUUAAUAUUAUUGUUAAGCCGCGGGUGAUUUUUUCGACAAUUAUUAUAAUAUAACCUUUCUCCCCUUCCGCCCCCCCUCCUCCGGCGGUCGCCGCGUGUUUUCCGACAGAGCACGCCGUGCAAACAUCCCGUGAUCGUGUUACAAGACGUCGUGUUCGACGACUUACAGGCGCUGGUCGAGUUCAUCUACCACGGCGAAGUGAACGUGCACCAGAGGAACCUGAGUUCGUUCCUGAAAACGGCCGAAGUGCUCAGGGUCAGCGGUCUCACGCAACCCACCGACUCGUCCGCGAACGACGUGAGUCAAGUACAAAAUUAUUUUUAUUCGAAAUCCCGAUCCUAUACCUUGUCGUCUUGUCUAUACAUCGGGCCGUACCCGUGCCGCGCGUGUGUCCACAGCAGCAUGCCGCGAGACAGUCUUCGGAGACGCCGCCGGCGGAAAACGCGUUCCUGUCACUAGCCACACAGGUGUCCGAGGGCAGGGUCUCGCCGCAGGUCAGACAGAGAAAAGGGCAAUUCCCGCAACAAUCGCCGUCGUCCAUACCUUCGCCCCGGUCAAAGGUAAGUGGCUUUUUGUCGUAUUACUUUUUUUUUUUUUUUAUUCUGCACGUAUAAGUAACGCGAUCAUUUGCAAAAUGUUACGCGCGCGAAAGGUUUCGAGGGUUCUGUCGCAUUACCCACGUCUCCCGCCGGAUUCUAACGCGAUUCCAAUUUUCACCUAACGUUUUACUAUAACGUGCAUAGUGCGCGUAUACCAUAAGUUUUCGUCGGGUACCAUCGUUACAAUAACGUUUGUGUUUCAACAUUUUCAAACGAACCCGUGUAAGACUAUACAGAGCAAUUCAGUUCGUUUGUAGUUUGCAACAAUUAAUCAUCGUUGACGAUUCUUAGCGAAGAUUCAUGUUUUGAAAUUUUUAUGGUUUUCCGUUAACAUUUAAACUUAAAACGCUUAUAAAUAAAAAAAAAAUACAAGGUACAUUAAGUUUGACUUUUUUUUUUUGUACUGCCAAGUACAACUGUCAACUAUAACGGUGAAGCCCGCGUAGAAUUUCCGAGUAUUUUCACAGGGCCAAACAAUUAAUUUAAUUCUUUUGUAAUUAUAAAUUAUAAUAAAUUCUGAACAAAUGUCAAUUUACAUUCAUCUAAACAGUUAAAACAAUAACAAUGACAAUGCAAAGUUUUUUUUUAUUUUUUGCGAGACAAAUAAUAAUAAAUUAAUAUUUGUACUGUUAUCAUUUCGAUAAACUUAUUUUUAUUGCUAUACUUCGAAUAAUUUAUUAGGCAUGGUAAUAAGAAAAAACCGAUUUCGUCCAUUCACUAAAAAUAUUACCUUCUAAGCGAUAAAAAUAUUUCACAUUUGUCAAGUGUUCGAGAAUAAAGUACUCCGGAAAAUGCAUGGGGGCUUAGUUAAAUGCUCAGACGGGCGAAUGAAGGAAAUAACAACGACGAACUGCGCAAAUCUUUUUUCAGCGACCAGGUAUACCGAAUAAGGAGAUUAAUAAAAUACGAUUGAACUGUGCAGGACAUGCUUGGAGGAAGUUCGAUUCUUUAAUAAAAAAAAAAAAAGCCAUAAUUUCGGAAGAAUCAAUAGGGAAGAGAACUCUUAGGAGAUCACGAUUAGGGUGGUAAAACCGCGUUAAAAGGAUCUAAGGAUAGUGCAACCAAAUAGCCAGUUGUGAGGGGAGGAAUUUUCAGAAUAGAGAGAUAGCUAUGGCAAUGUGUUUAUUCGACGGGCCAUUCCUGAAUGGACCAAUAGAGAAGUAGAGAAGAAGAGAGAUUGUAUACUAGGUUAAAAUAUAAUCCGUCGGCUUAUAGUGACGUCAGUCAUUGGUCUCGAUUUUCCGGGUGCGGAGAAAUUUUUACACAUUUUACCUAUAUUAUUGGUCCCCGAGAUACAUUUUUUUUAAUUUUUCAACGGUGCGAAACGAUUUGUUUCUGAGAAGAUAUUAUUAUACACACACACAUAGAUUAUACGAAGUAAUUUUGAUACGGCGAUCAAAAAACAAUCCGUCCGAAACAAAACCGAUGUCGAACUUUUUCCCAAAAACGUUUUCGUAUGUUAAUUUUUUCUCCGGUACUUAUCGGAGUUAAUUACGCGUACAAAAUUGAUGUCUCUAUACACAUAUCUGUUGAGUUUAUACACCUAAUAUGAAAAACGAGCUUCAAAAGGAAUUCAAAAAUAUCUAUGUACAAAGAAAAUGUAUGUAUUAUCGUUUGUACUUCAUAAUACGAGUAUACAUAGAUAUAUUGCAAAUACCUAACCUAACCUUAUGAUAGUCAAUACGUAUAGUGAAAUCGGUUUAUUUUUGUUUUUUUUUUUUAGAUUCUGGGCUAAGCGAGGAACGUAUCGGUUUUACUACGAUGCGUUUUGUUUGUGUGUGUGUGUGUGUAUGUAAAUAAAUCUUAGUCUAAUCGAAAACCUUUUUAAGAAUUUUCGAUCAAGUUGUGGUGCACUGGGGAAGUCAUUUUUUUUUGAUUUUCCUCGUAAUAUCCAGAAAAACCGUAUUAUUCGGUGAACCGGAAACACCGGCAAAAUUCGUUGAUUUAUGCGUAGCCUUGACAACGAGGGGAAAAAUGACGACCUAUUAUAAUUCUACGCACACAAUCGUUUUUCGUUCGCGAUAUCCUUCAGACUUUCGUCCUUACACCGCGGCACACCCAUCGGUGGAAUCGGUAUUUGUUUUUUUUUUUCCGGUUUUUUGUUUUCGGUGAUCUCUCGCGUAGUUAAUAUCGUAUUAAUAGCACAAAAAAUAAUACGAAAAACGCAAACCCCUGACUUCUAAUUUCUUCCAACUCGGAUAGUUCUCCGUUUCUGACGUUUUAAAAAUAUUUUGUCCGCUAUGGUAUAGCGAACGGCUGACUUAUAUUGCGACUACUGUAACUGUGUAAAUUUAAGACGCACCACUCGCAUGAGAUCGGUUUCCAAUGCACUAUGAACUCCUCCAUCGAUUACAUGUUUUUUAAUAUGAUUCAAUAAAAUGCUAAUUUUGCCAUUAUUUGGUGUCAUCGGCCCCGGUCUGUGGGGCGGUCGCAACAUGUCGACGUUAUCGCCCACAAAAUUGCGGUCGUCGGUGGUCGAAUGCAACGCACCGAGUGCGACCCGCCAAUCAAUUUCCGACCACUCGCCGCCGAUCGUGACAUUUUGUUUAUCGUCGUUAUCUUAUUAUCUCGCCGCUGUCUUUUACGAUUGCAUUCGUCUGUUUUUAUUUGUUGAUAAUUUAUUAACUGCAGCAGGUUAACUGUCACGUGUAUCCAGCGGCUAUUUUUUCCGAUAUUCCGUAGUCCACAUUUUUUUCAACGGCGUACCCGUGAGGAAGCGAUAGCGGCGGUCACCCUCACACCCCCACCCCCCCCACNCCCCCCCCCCCCCCCCCCCCCCCCCCCCCGUGGUCCGUACAAUGUAGUUUGACUCAAAAGUGCACGCAUUUAUUUUUCGUAGUGCGCCCAAAAACAAGCCACCGCGUGUGCCGUGUACACCGUACGCGUAGUGUUGUCAAGCAACGCGUACCGAUCAAUCGCAAUGUUCGUCCGUCGGGCCAAACCAAAAUAACCAUAAAUAAAAUUAACAGUAACCGGAGAAUAACGACGGUCAACCGUUGUCGACAUGGCCUUCUAAAACAUUACACUAGGAGGACGCGCAAACGUCUCUUAAACGGGACAAUCGCACGUACGCGUACCCGUCGAAAUGCGCGCUGUCACGCCGUGUUGUCGAGAACUCGAGCGCACCGUGAACGGUACGUGCGCAGCACGGAAACGACGUUCAGCCGGUGGUUACCGCGCGGUAAUUCGAUAAGCAUUAAAAAAUACCGCGCCGGCCGCAGUUAACCGGUUGGCGACCGUUCGCGCCGUGUGGUCCGUGCGAGUUAUUCGUCCGUGGACACCGUGGUGCCGACGGGCGGCAGGUCCGGAAGAAACCGCCGCCGCCGCCGCCCGUAAAACGCGCGACAUCCGACAACAAUACCGUCCGGAUCGUCGUUUGCCGGCGGCGAGCAACGGGUGCGCGGGAGAGGGCAAUUUGCGUCCCGGCGCGUAAUCGGUUUACGCGAUGUCGCCGCGCGCGGAGGACGCGGGUCAUCGGCGUCACAUAAAAAGGCCGACCCUUUAAUCGCGUUUGCAGAUAGACGGCCGAAAACGGUUUACGGUUUCAAAGGGGACCAGAAUGUCCCGGGAAAUCGACCGUUUCGAUAGUAACAAAAUGGGUAUCUAACGCACGACGCGAUACGGCGUACGAUUCGCCGUCCGGAGUCGGAAGAGGGAAAUAUUUGGAAAACCGCGCGGCGACUCCGUCUGCGCCGCUGCACGUGAACCCUCGACGGCCGGGACCGUGAAAAGCUUAACCGUGAAAGCGUACGGUUUUCAGGGACGUCCGGAAGGAAACGCGUGUGCUUUACUUUCGCUCGUUUGAAAACGAGACCGCGCGUCCGGGUACAACGUCCUCCUCCGCCGCCGCCGCCGCCGUACGUACAGGGCGAUUGUUAUGUCGCGAAAAACGCUUUCGUGGAAAAACUUUACUUCGACGUUUUUACACGAUACCGAUAAAAUCACCAUUUCGCGUUUAAAAUAAUGCAAUAUAAACGUACCGAUACGCACUGUUUGUGGUACUAUAGGUUAUUACGAGUUAUUUUUCGAACCGGUUCCUGUAACCUAUAGCGAUAAUAUAAUGAUUGUGAUUGCACUUAGUACUUCCGUCUAUCGCGGCCCGUUUACCAGUACGGACGAUUUGAUUCGAUUAUAAUCGAUAACGGUUAAGACGAGAGAUGUAAAAUAAUAUUUAUUUUUUUUUUUUCGUACUUAUUUAUUUAAUUUAAUUUUAAAAAUAUAAUCUCUUCCGAUUUCUUUGAUCGCGUGACAAUAAAAAUAUUUUUUUUUUUUAUAUUUGUCGUGUUGGAGAUAAUUUGACGAAAAUAUUUUGUACUGGAGGUAUUUUGACGUAAAACGCUUUAUCGCGUGAACCCGCGCCGACCGACGUUGCGGACGUCUCGGGCAAAUCGGUUUUAUCUCACGUCAUUUUGCGUACGGAUGUUCAAUACAAUUAUAUAAAAAAACACACUUGUUGUUUAAAAAUAAAAACACUGGAGCACGGUGCUAUAAAAAAUAUAUCAUUUUUUGAAAAAAAAAUUCCUGUGCUUGCGUGGUAGUAGAUAUUUAUUGCCGCCUUCAUAUCAUGUUUAAGAUGCUAAAAUUGUGCAGUUAUAGUUGGUAGAACCGUUAAAAAUAUUACCCGUUGUCUUUAAAUUAACAAAAACUGUUAACAAACAUUCAUCAUAUUAUAAUCGUGUUGAAGAAAAAUCCUGUACUUCAAAGGGUUUAAAUAUUUUUCCGAAAUUUCACCCUUAUUCCGUGACAUAAACGCAUAAUAUUAUCCAGUGGCUCGACUAGGGGGGGGGGGGUUAUAGGGAGUUUAGCCUCUCUGGAUAGUGUUAGAUCCCCUAUCCAAAGCAGACGCAGAACACCGCGCGUUUAUUUAACUUUAUGAUGACGCUUAAGUCUCCCUCCUCCCCCAAAUAUUAUCGACCGUUGAUUUUCAAAUAACAACUCUGCAUUUUUAUUUAAAUUCCGCGAUUUCAGAAGACUUUUUCAAAAAUGUCGACGUGACACCAUAAAAUACCGCGGAUAUUCUGUUUAUAAACUAAAAGUCGAUGUACGCUUUCACGUUUUAUAAUUUAUGACUGUAUACAUACGCGGCAUCUGAGAAAAAAUUUCCCGGGGUAGUCAUUUUCGAGAAAGAUAAAAAAUCCGUAUGACAUAAGUAGAUGGUACAAUAAGUAAUUUUUCAUUUCAAUACACAUUGUUCGACUUCAGUUUGGACGCCUUCUUUUCCCCCGAUAUAGCCUCACUAACGCGGAAUUACGGUGAAAGUUCGAAAACAUUUCGAAAUAAUCGAACUCGAACACCCGAAUUGACUCGAAAUCUCCGUAGAUAAUCAAAAAGUUCUCGGUGUCAUACACGCGUGGCAGGCAAAUCAAGCGAAUACAUUUGCUUAUAAAUGGCGACAGCGAGGGCCUCGCCUCUCAUCAACUUUUAAAUUCGCCACCGAUGAAUAUACAACGUUUUGUAAGCGGUAAACGGCCAUUAAAGAUAUAAUAUAUCAAAAAUCGGUGUCCGUUAAAAAAACAAAAAACAAUAUUAGAAAAAUUCAAAUGUCACGCCGAAUCUUCCCCUCUCUCCCGUGUUUUUAAACGAAAAACGCGCGGGGUAAAUUACUCGUGAAAAAAAAUAAGACAAUAUAUUAUUACGACGGUUAAAUUUGCAAUCGGAAAAUACUAAAACCGAAAAAAUCACCGUUAUACAUAUUUAUAUAUAAAUAUAGUACCUAAAUAAGACGUAUCCAUUUAUACAAACGGGGAAUCGAGAAUCGACGGCAUUCGUAUUUACUAUUGUAUACGUAUAUUCUGCUUCCCCACCCCCUCCCUGUAUCGCCUAUGGUGGUGUUAUAAUAUUCACCCUGUAUGUAUGUAAAACGAGACAGUUACGAAUAAUCGAAACGUUUUUUUUUUUUUUUUUCCGCGUAAUAUGAUAAUAAUAAUAAAAAAAAAAAAAAAACUACACGUUACGGGUCGUUGUCACGCGGGUUUAUGCGAGGGGUAAAAAAAAAAAACACGAAAAUACACAUGUUGAUGCGGUGGCGGCUGCGGCAAAGAAGAGACGGUUCCGCGUGUAAAUUGAAUACCGCCGCGGAGGCGAGGGGAAAAAAAACGGUUUAGCGAACGGAGAGCAAUAAUAAUAAUAGUAAAAAAUAAAAGCGAAAAUCCGCGAGAGAACAACUACCGGGAAAACGUCGAAAAAAGUCGUGCCCGUAACAGAGUGCCGGUGUGAAGCCCGUUUUCUUUUGUUUCUUCUGUAUGUUUUUUAUUUUUAUGAUGUGUUUUCGCGAGUUCUCUUUACUGUCGAAAUCUUGGUAAACGCGGAAGGGGAAGAAAAAAAAAAACGAAACUUCUUAAUUAUUAUUUCCUCGUUUGCGUUCCGCCGUAACCUCGCGCGACCGACGCGACGCCCGACGGCCGAAGCAGAACUGCAGUACGUGUAUCCGUCCGAACCGCAUCGUCGUGCGGCGGGAUUUCGUCGAGCGUACCGUUUUUUUCCCGUUAAGUUUUAUCGGUUUUUUUUAUCCGGAAACUGCGUUAACGUUAUUAUUGUUAUUUGAUCGAUUCCCCGACGGCUGCAACACCUCCACGACAAAAUAUUUCGCUAAACGCCACUUCCGUCCGUUUAUAUAUAUUUUUUUUUUCGCCGUUCAUUUAUCGAGCGUAUCCGCGCGUCAUAAUAUUCACAAUAACACCGUUUGGUUAAAACACACGCGAGAUUAUGCCGACCGACUUUUAGUUCUCAAAACGAAUUGAUUUAUAAUUCGUAGUUUUUUUGUUUUAGAUUCCGUGUGGGCCGAAGAAACUUAUCACUAAUGAUGUUUAUUAUUUUUUUUUGUUCUGUUGGCAACUUUUCUACGAGCAAUUUCCCUAAGAUUUUCAAUGAUAGCAAUUUUUCCUGAAAGGCAAUCGGACUGGGGAGGUACUUUAAGGUGGUAGUUUUUUGAUUUUCCCAAGAAUUCUUUUUAACAAACGGAAAAAUAGAUAGAUACAAUAUUAAACAAAUAUUAUAUAUUGUUGAAAUAGCAACACGUUCGACCGAACUCCGCUCCACAAUCAUUUUCUCGUUAACUAUUGGUUUAUCGUUAUUGCUUACAGAUACACAUUAAAUCACCUAAAACUGUGGCUGCGCCCGUCCCCAGGACAGCUUUUUUUUUUUUUCGUUCUCGGGCCGCGUCGUGCUGAUUUCGAUUCUGUCGACGGUUUACUGAAACUUUGCGCUCGCAACAGAGGCGUUUUUUGUUUUAUUUUUCGAAACGCGACUUUUCGACUGUUGACUGAACGCGCGAUUUAUAUCGGCCGGCACGUGACCAUUUCACGUAUUUCGCGGUGGUUAGCGGCGCAAAUCCCUCGAAACUUUCACACCGCGGUGUUAAACGGCGUAAAUUUUCCGACCGCCGCGACACGUUACAUCCAAAAUGGGGUUUUUCGAUCGGAUACCGGACAGAUUUUCGGGAAGGGGAAGAGGGGGGGAGCAAAUAACCGUACGCACCGGUUUCGGGGAACAAUUUGUCGUGUAGUGCCGUCUUGCGAACUUUUCGUGUUCCGGGUCCCGGUAAGCGGAGGGGGAAAAAAAACAAAUUAAACCUGCGGUAGAAGAUUAAACGAUCAGAAUCGUGUUUUGUUUGCAACGAUUUGUCGAACGCCGUUACGUCACAGACAGGAAGUUUUUCGCGGGUGUUCGCCGUCCGACAGUACUAAAAUGUCGAGCACAUUCCAAUGUGUUAUAUUGUUAUACUCGUAAUAUUCCCGCGCGCAAAAUAUUAUACAGUACGCACUUAAAAUCUACAGAAAAACCGCUUAAAACCGUCAAAAAAACCCUAAAAUUAUUUGAAAAACUAGAAACAGUAAAGGAAUUUGAAACUCCCCCUCUCCGAACUUUCUUCGACAUUAAUUUUCUGAUACUACAAGAAUAAUGAACAAAAGUAAUUUUUUUUCGAAUAAAAUUGUACGUAUUAUAGGAAAAAAAAUUAAAAAAAUACUUAAUGUUGGUCAAUUUUUUUAUAGCUGCUUUUUAAAAUGUUUUUUAUAAGCGAUUAUUCAGCGUAUUUUUGCCGACAAAAAUAAUUUUUUUUUUCGCGGACUAUAAGCGCAUAUCCGUUCCCUAAUAAUAAUUCUAUAAACAAGUAUAGCCGGACGCAUAUAAUUAUUAUUCGAAACGAUACAUUACAUGGAACUCCAGCAUUUAGAAAAGCAAAAUUUUAGAAAAACUGUAAUUUUCAAAGUGAAAUUUAAAACGGCAAAAUUUGAAAUGGCCAAAUCUGGAACGAAAAUAAAAACUCGAUCGGCAACAUUUGAAAUCGGUGUUUUUCUUUUUCGUCAUUACAGAAUUUACCGUUUUAGUUUUGGAUUUCGUUCAGAAUUCGGCCGUUUCAAAUUUUAUAUCUUCCAGAUUUCGUUAUUCCAGAUAAUGGCGUCUCCCUCCCCUAUUAACUAUGCACAGUUUUUUUUUUUUUUUUUUUUUUUUGAGAAAAUUAAACCGAAACUUUGUCCCGCAGGAAAACUCUCCGAUACCGUUGAAGCGCAACAAGAUCCUGACGAACCCGUCCCCGGGCGGCCUAAUAGGCGGCGGGUGUAUCGGAGGCGGCGGCGGCGGCUGUAUGGAUCUGUCCGAACGGUCGUCACAGCACAGUCCCAGUUCGGCGGGCAGCAGGCCCAACUGCAACGACGACGACGACGCGGGCGAUAAAUCCGACGGCGGCGGCAGCAGCGGCUGCAUCGGCAUCGGCGGCAACUUCCCGAUGAGCGGAAUCGGAUGCAUCGGCAGCGGCAACGGCACCAACGGCCAUCAUCUCAUCGACGAACCGCCCAUGGACUAUUCGCGGACGCACCAUCAGCACCAGCAGCAGCCGACCGCCGCGCACCUGCAGCAGGACACCGCGCAAAACCUCAUGGUUUCGUCGCGCAAAUCGCCCGCCGAUGUCAAGUCCGAGCCGAUGGACGCCACGUCCGCCACGGCCGUCAACAGCGGCAGCGCGUACGGCGCGGACGACAGCAACGACUCGGCGGCCGACUUUACCGGCGUCCACCCGGCCAUCGGCAUGUCCGAACCGGACGACACGUCGUACCAGAGCCAUCACUCGUACCUGGACAGCAAGUUCUACGCGGCCGCCGGCGCCACGUUAAACUUCAACAUAGCCGCCGCGAUGGCCGACUCGUUGGCAGGCAAGUGUUUCAUAUUAUUAUUAUUAAUAUUUUAGUCGUAUUUAGCUUGGUUAGUUCAACGAGACAAGGAUGGAUAACGGGAGACGAUAAUGGGGGUCAAAAACUAAAAACUAACGUUGUUUAGGAGUUUAAAAUUGAAAAAAAAAAUGCACACAGUUCUGUUCGCGAGUGUAAAACAUCUCGGAUCGGCCGAGGAUAUCAAGGUUUUUUCUUUUUUUCGAAAUCUAUAGAUAUUUGGCCAGAUAUUUCCCGAGAACUCCGAAAAUUACUUUGGAAUAUUAAAAACAAAAACAAACUUUCUUAAUUUCGAUCGUUUUUAAUGGAUAUAUCGGUUGAUUUCAAUAUCGAUUCGUGGUUUUUAAUUUCAAAUUUACCUAUAGAUACACAAAUACCUAAUAGAAAUAUAAAACAACUAGAAAGCCCAAGGUAGGGGUUGAACGGUUGAUGGUUCAAACUCUCCCCCCCCCCAAUUAAAUUUUUCAAAACUAUUGUUUAUUAUUUUAAAAAUAAACGCUAAUUAUACGUAUAGCAAAAUUAUAAUCGACGAUUCAAUUUGAUAUAACUCCUAACCCUCUCGAGUAUCCGACUUCGUGGGAAGCCUGGCAGCCUUAUGUCCAUAAACAAAGUGGGUAGAGGAAAAUUUGAUUGAUUAACCCAUGAAAUAUUUGUUAAAGUCAUGAAUUAUGUUAUAAUAUGAAAAAUAAUAUUUCACAUUGUUUCUAGCAAAGUCACCUCCGGUUUCUCUUGCAUCACAUCGUUUAUUCAUGACGUAAAUGUAUAAUAAAUUAUCUGUUGGUUAUUUAAUACAAUUUUUCCUCGUCAAGCAUGCGAAAAAUGUCGGCGAAGGGUUCAUACUGAGCCAUUUGACGCCCGAGGCGUCGAUUUCGAAACUACCCCUCUUAAGAUAUAACUCGGAGUUGAUUUAUGGGGGUUAAUCCCCCUAAAUUUGUUGUUUUUUUUAAUUGUAUUCAAUUUAUUUUGAAAUUUCAACAUUUUGCCUCUACCAAAUAAGAUUCUUCCUUACUUCUGAAUUUUUUCUUGGUGCAUGUAAUAUUACGUUUCCAGGUUAUACUUGCGCUUUUAUAAUUACUAAACAAUACUCGUUAUUAUUCUAAGCCAAGCGUUUGAAAUUAAAACAAAUAACAACCGACGUAAUAAUAAAUUGUAUUUAUUAAUUUUAUUUGGAAUUUUAUACUAAGCCGCGCGCUCUAUAGUUUUAGAAAAGCGCACUAUUUCCUCCUCCCUUCUUUAACACGGUUCUGAUUCAUAAGAAACAAGACUGACAUACUUCGCGCGAUGGGUUGGUCACUGUUGUAGGUGAGAAGUUAGGAAGGUAUAAGAUAUAGAGGGGAAUAUAAUUUAUAUUUGUACACAACGAUGAUGAACCAUUGAUAACGAUAAACGUUUUUUCUCAAUUAUUAUUGGAAUCGCUUGAAAAAUCUGAAAACGGCCCACUUUAAAGUGCCAAGUAGAUAAAAUUUCCUUUUAGAAAAAGUGCUACAUUAGUUACAUCAGAGUAAGAUUUCUAGUAAAAAAGUCGCUCAAGAAAUAGGAUUAAAAAGUCAUUCAUUGUAAAACCAUCGUGCCAAACAUUCUUCGUUACGCCCCGAAUCUAAAAAAAAUUAAAAAUGUAGAACCGCAUGGUCGAACCCUGACCAUCGCUGUCACUGGCCUUCUUAGUAUAUACGGCUGUCAAGCCUACACUUCACAACAAUAUCACUUACGAGACUCUAUAUCGCCUGCAGUGUUGGUUUACACAAAUGUCGGAUCGGUUGUCGCGGUUUCGCCAAAACCUAAAAAAUCGGAUUGUCGGCGGCGAAAAAACCGUCAUAACAGACGUGGGUUAUGAACGGCGUCCGCGUUCGCGACAAAAUUUCCCGACGCGUUCGCAAGUGCGCGGGCGCAAAACGUGUGCUAUUUUUAUUUACUUCAUUUUUUUUUUUUAUUAUUUCAUUUUUUUUUUUUUUAAAUAUCUCGGGCGAUCGACCGCGGCGACCGGUUUACAGCCGGAGGAAUUCCGUAGGUGAAAAUUUUGCUCGGUUUGCGCACCGAGAGCCGGCUCGGUCUCCACACGACUACGGCGAAUAAUAAUAAUAAUAAUAAUAAUCAUGAAAAAAAAAAAAACAGCGAAUUUAUCUACAAAACGUCUAGCGCGCGCGUGUGGGCAACACCGGUCCGUUUUUAUUUUCUAAUAAUAAUAUAUUAUACAUACGAACAGUAUUAAUACGAUACCUAUAAUAGGUUGUAUGGUCGUGCGUAUAUUAUACACACAUAGGUACCGCCUAACCUUAGCUAGGUAAUAAAAUACGAUACUACAGUGUGUGUGUGUGUGUGUGUGUGUUUUGCGCCGUGUUAGAACCGGAUUUCUAUUUUAUUUUAUUUUUUUAUUUCGCUGUCGAGCGGUGAAAAUUCGCAAACCGAAAUCGCCCGUAUCCAUAUAAAACGCAAUCGAGAAAUUAUACGAACAGUAUUUAUUUAUAGACAAAUUUAUUAUAAUUCGAUUCGCGAAUAUUAUUAUAAUAUAUUUUUCGCGGCGUUGCCGGUAUUAUACGUAGGUAUAUAGACGAGAUAGAAUCUCUUACUUUUCUUUUUGCUUACACUCCGUCCGUCCGUCCGUCUCGUCGGUGCACCUAUUGAAAUAAUGUUAUUACGUCGGACGUAUGCGCGAGUGUAGGUCGUCUACGAUUGGGUGUUUUUUUUUUUUGUUUUUAAAUUUUUUAAAUUUUUCGCGAAAGGGGUUAUCGUCGAAACACGCUCCGGUCGCGUUCGGAUAAUAGGCCGAAAGGUCGUUCGCGCACGUUGUUAUAAUUUUUUCCGUUAUCUAUUAGCCGCAAUCUAUUCCGGAACGCAAGGGUUAAUUAUUUAUUAAUACUAUUAUCAUUAUUAUUAUUAUUAUUAUUGUGUCAGUAUAUUUCCACGGUCAACUGUAUGCUUACAGAUAACGGGAAAAGGUCCUCGUGGUCUAGGAAAAAGCAACAAAAAAAUAUAAAAAAUAAUGCGCGCGGAACGACGAUAACGGAAAGUCAUUUUUUUUUUUUUUAACCGAUAAGCGCGUUUGUUUAGUCGCGAAGAAAAGGUACAAAGUAUAAUACAAACCUAUACAUAUUAUGAACUGUUUUACCGUCGUAAUGAUGCGUGCACACCUGUUAUUUGUACGCGCAUUAUUUAUUUAUGUACAAGAAAAAUGUCACGGGCGAAAAGAGCCCGUCUACAGGGAAAUAUAAAUGAUAGCAAAGGACAAUAAGCUAUACGCGUACGAACAUGCUUGUACUAUAUUGAACGCAAUAGAUCCAGAACAAUGGUGAAACGAAAGAAAAGUAAUCGGACUGUAAACGACGGGUUUUCAGUGGCAAUAAGCCUCGACAAUCGGGUGAAGGGAGAAUUAUUAGACAAAGACGUAAAAAUUCGGUGGAAUGAGUACAGGGAUUUCGGAGCUAACUUUUGCAAGCAGACUACGGUAAUCGGUGGAGUUAGACAGCAGUCUAGAAAGGAAUGGACGGUUAACCGUGAGUUUACGAUCCGCGAGACUAGAUAAACCCAGUACUCGACCUAUUGAUGUGUAGUCAUGGGGCGGACUUGAGAUGUUAAGAGUGAAGGAAGCGCCAUGAACAAAUAUUCUCUGCGCCCGUUCAAUCAUAUGACUGUAGUAAGAGGUAUACGAGGUUCCUGAUUUCGGGACCACACUCUAGCGUAGGUCUGACGAGGGAGCCGUAGAGGGUUUUAAUAGCGGCAGCAAGCUUAAAUAGACUCGCGAUUAUUAAUAAAAUCUCAAUCUUUGGAGCAAAUGUGCAGAACUGAAAUUAUAGUUAUACUACGAGAAAAACCCAAGGACGAGAACAGACACAUAGGUGCGAGGAAUAAUAGCUUCGUGAAUGGUAUAAGCGAAAUUAGGUUGAUUAAAACGGAGAUGAUAACGGAAAUUAAUUUUUGUUUUGUUUUUUUUUUUUUUACCCGAUAAGCGUGCUUAUUUAUUAGCAGAGAAAAGGUACAAAGUGUAUAUAUAUAAUAUACAUUUUUUUACAGUCGUCAUGAUUCGUGUACACCUAUUAUUUGUACGUGCGUUGUAUAUAUCGCGCGAUCGUAUCUCGAAAAUCGAGGGCUGUGGGACGCUCCUGUGUUUUUGUCAAUUACGCCGAAUGUGGCUAACUACCGGUAUUACAUACGUCUAUUGCGAAAAAAAUAUUCUAAAAAGAUAUAGAUCAUUUGCGCCGGACGAUUUUCGAAAGACUAAAAUGGCAUGUUCAUUUAGGUACAUCAAUUGCGCCGUUAUAUAAUACAUAAUUACUAAAAUUAUCUUAUGUUUUUAUAUAUUUAUAUCUUAACAAAGAAUUAAUAUUUGUCCAAAUUUUGAUUCAUUCUCGUAUAACGGUAAAAAUAACGUUUUUCCAAACCGUACCUAUACAAGAAAAACGAUUCGAACGCAUUUCGACCAAUUGUUAAUAAAAGUAUAUAUUAUGCAUUUUAGAUUCUGAAUGAAGCGAGGAAUGUUACACGGUUACGAGCUUUUACAAUGGUGUUUUUUUUGUUUAUCUACAAAACUUCGCUCCGAUUCUCAAGUGUAGCACUUUUUCUGAAAGAAAAUCUGACAUAUCAGUCAAAUUUUAAGUACGUUAAGCAAGUCAUUUUUUGAUUUCCCUAGGAGUUUUCAUAAUAAAUGGGGAAAAACAUAGAAAAAACGGGAACAUGUACGAAAUGUAUUAUUUUAAAAUCGUAAAUAUUACAGCCUAUUAAAAUAUAUGUAUAACCGAACUCUGCUCAAAAUAAUUUUUCGUUAGCAAUGGUUAUUCUUUGCAUAUAGAUAUACAUUAAAUUUUCCCUCUGGCUUCCCAACUUCUUACCUACAACAGUGGCUCACCCAUAUUGUAAAGUAUUUUUUUUUAUUGUUUUACAUACCCGUUUAAAAAUUGACAUAGUUGACAUAUCAUAACGAUUCAUUAUAUUCGAAUAUCGAUCGGCGCAGUUUCUUCUAACCCUAAUAUAUUGUGUUUUGUACCCACGAUUUUCGGCGCAAUUGAUGUAUAUCCUCGAUUAUCCUUCCUAACUUCCAAAAAAAGCCAGUGCGGUAAUUAUGUGUUUGGGCCUUUAUAUAUUAUGCAUUUGAUGGUAUUAAACUAAAAGUCAGUAAUAAUUAUAAUACAGUGCAGUACUCAGUAAACUUAAAUCGUCACGUUAAUAAAUUUAGACCGUUUGUUUAAACAUUUUAAUCCCCCCCUCUCUCAAUGUUUCAGUGCAUUUUCAUCAUUAAAAAUAAUACAUGUGUCCAAUAAUCUCGAACAAAUUUACCCGUUCGAAUUUUUAGUUAAAUGUAUGUUAUACCCUGCAACGGUUCGUGAUACGUAGAAAAAUCGUGAACCCCGAAUUUUCAUUUACAAAAUUAGCUGAUGAUAAACUGUACACUGUAUAUACGAUUGCUAAUAAUGGAAUAUCUACAAUCUACAUAAUAUAUUUAUGUAAACUAUAUAAUAUCAUACGCAUAAUCGCUAAGUAUCGAACAGUAUUAUCUAUAUAACUUUAUCAUUAAUAAAAUAUACCAUAAGAGAAAAUAAUGAACUCUCUCCGCAAGCGUGUCCCUAGGGGAAUCGAAGUAGGAGCAAUCGCUCCCUCCAUAUUCCAUAUUAUAAUAACUACCGUUCUUAAGAUUCCCUGUCCUCCCCACGAUUACCCUCUAGUUAACAAGGCGCUUUCGACAGGCAACCUAUCGGACUACAGGCACAAGGCGUCCCUUUUACUCUUUUCAAACCACAUAUUCUCUGGUGAGAUGGAUUGUCCUUUCAUACUAUCCCUUGUCAAUUUUUACUUCCCUUCUUAUUACACCAAAUCCAUUGAUGGCGUAUAAGAAUGAUUAUAAGGAUUAUAAGGACGAUGCGUUCCACAAACAGGGACUCAUCAUUCAUUUUCAAGUUUCUGUAAUCACAUUGCCUUGAGUAACAUUAUACUGAAAAUGUUUUUCCUGUUUGUUGAACGUCUGCCCGUAAUUCUAAAAUAAAUAAACUAUCACAAAUCGUUCAGCUAUCUGUUAUUAUCCGCCUAAGAAUUUUGAAGUCCUAAUUCGGAUAUUUUAAUAUUUCGACCUCUCACCCCUCCCCCACCUUCUUACUUCAAGGGAUUUGACCCGAAAACGCCCCUGUUUUUCCACACAUAAGCGAUAACUGUAUAUUAUAACAUUUAUCAAUUUAUCACCGUAUUAUAUUCGUUGGGCAACCGUUCCAUUCUAUUAUACUACAAGAGCAUAUAUUGGGUAUUACAAUAUUUUAUACUGCGCCGCGAGAUUAUGUAUAUUUUGGUGUCAGAUAUCGUUUUAAAGGUCGACGGUGUCCUGGGGCGCGUGUGAAUUACACUUUAAGCGGACGGGGUUGAACACGGCGAAUUAACAAUCGGUAUUAACGAGAUGAUAUGACGAUGAUGAUUAUGUACACAAAGGCGCAUUGAUCUCGCGGUGUUACGCCAGUAUAAUAGUACACUAUAUAAUGUAUAAUAUAACAGUGUAGUAAUACAAUACGCGAAAUUAAAUUCGUUUAUUUUUGGAUGUAAAUAUAUAGAAUCUACAACUAUAUAAUAAUACUGUCACACGUUAGAAAAAAACAAACAAACAUACAAAUAAACUAACGAUGUACCGUACGUUCGCGCGAUAAAAUUCGUACUGUUUUAUUUAAUUCAUAUACGGAUCCAUAAGUCCAAAGUCCAAUUGCCUGCUGCAGUACCGUAACCAGAAAAAAAUUUCGGGGGUAAAAGCGGGGACAAAAAUAAUGUGUAUUACAAUCUAAAACGAUCAGACCGAUUUAAAUACAGCAAAAUAAUCUUUAAAAUUCGUAUAAACUGUUUAAAAAAGGAUCUGUGUAUUGUUUGCUUGGUAAUUAUUUUGACACGCGGUUAAUUGUGGCGAGUUAUAUAAAUAUUGAAAAAGUGAUGUAUAAAGUCGGGGUAUAAAAAAUCGUACAUUGCGUGGGUUUCGUUUGUAUACGAUGUCUAUGUACUAAAAUUAAUCAUUAAGAUGACGGCUUUACAAAUUUUCUCCAACUUGGAAAAAUUUGAAAAUCUGUUUUUAACAUUUUAAUAACCGCCUGAAAGAUAAAAUUCGUCUGACUUCGUGGGAAUAGGGAUAACACAUUGUCAACGUACAAUUUUCCUAUACCAUUGUUAUGAUACCAUUGAGUUGAUAAACAACUCCAUCAAAUUCUGCACACCUCAUCAAACUCCGAUUUUUCAUUUGAUACCAAUAGGAUAAACAAACAAGACGUAUUAUCAAGUUCGAAAUGAAAAUAUUGACAAACAUAGUUCAACGCGGUCUUCAGAAAGUCUUCUUCUUUGCAAAAAAAUAAAAUAACAAUGAUAAUCGAAUAGAACACUCUGAGGGACGUGGGGGUUUUUCCCGCAAGACGCGUAUUUGAGCCAAAAACCGCGCUAGUUUUUUAAUAAUAAUUCCGAACUAGAAACAUAUACUGAACGGAAAUAUAGUUGAUGGGGUGAUCAAGGAGAUUAAUUAUGUUCGAAAAACAUAACCGAACACGAGAACAUUAAAACAUUUAAAAACGUUUUUACAAUUAUCGCAACGUAAUAAAAUUGAUUGUGCAAUGCCGUCUAUAUCCAUACAAUAUCUAUAUGUUCGGUUUUUUUUUCUGUUUAUACAGGUCUAAACAAUCACAACCACAUAAACGUCAUGGAGACUCUAGGAGGCUCCAGUUCUCAAGGUAAGAACACAUUACUCGUAUACUAAAUAUAUAUAUAUAUAUAUCAUGUAAGUUCGUCACUAUACAUUAUCACGUUUUCGAUGGGUUUUUUUUUUACCGCAUAAUACAUAAUAUAUUAUAAUAUUCGUCCCGUACGAUCCUACACGAUCGUCGCGCAUUAUGUCAGAACCUGGUUUAGUUUGAGUGCGUUUGUUGUUGUUUUUUUUUUUUUUUAUCACACUAAAAUCCUAUUAGUGGUACCUAUUACUAAUGAUGUUACGAACUGUUCAAUUGAAAUUCGCCAAUAAUUGAACCGGACUGAAUAGAGAACCGGUGAAAUUAAUUUUGUUGAAAAAUUACGCGAAAACUGAACGAAAUUAAUUUUGGUUUAUUAAUGCAUUGGGUAUUGUUUUUACUCCGGACGGCCUACAAAAAAUGUGCUGUACAGAGGAGGAAUAUGUUCUGGGAGGGGGAACUAUUACAAAAAACACUAUUUUUCUGCUUUGAAUAUGAUACUGACUGUUUAAAUUCAAUUGGACUUUUGAUUGAGAAUCUUAAGGUACGGUUUUUUUUUCGGUUAUGGGGAAACCAUUAAAUUUGUUUUCGGAAAAUAAUAAAUCGUAUAUGAUUGUUUUUUUUUAAUUUAAACUUAACUUGAAAUUGCCUAUACAUAUUUAUAUUAAAAAAAAAAUAAUAAUAAAAACGGUUCUGGAAGUGAUCUAUUCUACAUUAUCUCCCUGUGAUAACGCCACUGGUGCUAUGCACUUACCGUUUUUUCAGUGCCAUCAAAUCGCAGAAAUAGCUUUUACGAUGUUAAUGUUUUUCUCAAUAGUACAACAUAUUAUUAUACAUUUUUCGAACGCUUAAAACCUUAUAAUUUUUUUUUUUUUUUUUACAUUACGAUAACAUAUUUUAAUAUUUAGAUUCGGGUUCGUUAAUUUAAAGAGAAGUUCGGUUCGGGUAAGGUUUGACUUCGAAAAUCACGGUUCGUAACCUCAUUUAGUACCUAGGUAUCUAAUGUACGUUCGUCGUGUACGUUUAGGACGAAAUUUUUUCUCUUUCGGGGAAAAAAAAACGACCGCUUGUAUAAGUCGAAACGGUGUAUCCUAUACGACAAUAAUAUUGUGUAAACGUAACGUAUAUAUCGGUAAACACGGUAUUUUCACGGAUAGAACACUGUUUACAAAAUUAACGUCUACCUAUACAGGAUACAUUGUUAUUAUUAUUAUACGCGAACAAAGUUAGAACAAUUAAGUACGUUGUUGCAGUUUAUUAAGUGCCUUCUAUAUACCCCGACUACCUAAACAUACGGUAUUAUACUAUAGUUGUUUCGCGCGUGUAUGUAUAUAAUGUAGAAGAGAUGAGAAAAGGCUUAAAAAAAAAAAAAAAACGAUAGCGUUUUACACGCACACGCACGUGCCUAAGUAAAACAGCCAUGUUUUCAAUCGCGUUGGUUUUUCUGCGAGCCUUUUAACAACAACUUAAACUGGUGUUCGUUUUCCCUACCCCCUGUCACAUUUAAACGUUAAACCUAGUCAUCUAGCGAAACUUAACCGUAUCGCACUCUCGUAUAUUAAUAACCGCUUCUGUAUACAUGUACUUCGAAAACAAUAGGUCAGAAAUACGUAUUUUUUUUUCUUGCAAAAUCUCUAAUUUUUUUUCGAAAUUGAUAAUCGAUUGUCACUUGUUAAGUUUGUUCCACCGAUGCCAAAGUAUCGACACAAGUAACUUAACCUAAUCUACAAAAAGUACCAACUUUUUACGUAUUAUAAAAACUACAAAGAAAAUCAAAAAAAUUACCUCCUCAACACACUAACUACAUAAACAAAUUCUAAGGAUUGUCCACAGACAUAGAAUAAGAAAAUCAUAGUAAAACCAAUACAUUCCUCGGUUCGUUCAUAAUCAAAACGGUUUUUAACAAGUUUCGUAUAUAUACUAACAGUAACACGAAAAUCUAACACCUAAAAUAACUUACUCUGUUUAAUAUUCUUAAGUUUUUUUUUUCAUUAUAAUAACUAGAGCCUUGCGUUAUGAUUCCCUCUAUUACACACAUUUUUUCAAACUAAAAAUAAAAUAUUGCUUUUAUAAAAUCGUAUAGGUGUAGCCAUUUUAUAGUUAUAGAUUUCAAACUAAAUUUUAAUGUUACAAAUAUUAACUGAUAAUCCAUCUUUAAGUCCUACAAUUUUUUGAAAUUUACGAUAAUUUGAAUUGUUUUCAUUGUAAUUAAUACAUAAUAUAAUCGAUUCAUGAAUUUUUCCAUGAAAAAUUAUUUUGUUAAUGAUUUUUAUUUUCUUCUCUUUCACCUUCAUCCCAACUAUUUGGGGUCAGCCAUCUUCGUUCUAAACUUCUACUUGACUUUAUCUUCCAUCUCGUUUACACCGGCUAUCCUCAUAUUCUGAAUCGCAUCUAACUACCUCUAUUUUGGACUUCCUCUCUCCUUCUUUCCUCUAACGUUUAUUUUCAUUACAACUUUCACUGCUUCAGAUUCUUCUCUCCUCGUGAUAUGCACAAACCAUCUCAAUCUAUUUUAUAUUAUUUUUUCUACUAUCUAUAAGCCACCUCUUAUGUAUCAAAUCAAUUACUCAUUCUUUAUAGCUUAUACUAUCACUUUUUGUCACUUCACUUAUCCACUUAAACAUUCUCAUCUCUGCUACACUCAUUCUCUGUUCUACAUACCCAACACUCCAAACUAUACAGCAUAGUCGAUUACCAUACUUUUGUAAAACUUCUAUUUAAGUCUCAUUGUAAUUAUCUUGUUACAUUUAACACUUGACGCUUCUCUCCACUUUAGCCAACCACACUAAAUCCUAUGUUUCACAUCUUCGUCAAAGCCACUGAUCUAUUACAUAAAAGAUCCUAGAUACUUAAAACUUUAAAACUCAUUUAUUAAAUUACUAUGUAUUGUCAUUAGGUCUCUUGUCCUGGUCUUCCAAACUCAUAAUCUAUAUACUUCUACUUAACCUUAGCCCUUUUCUUUUAAGUGCUACUCUCCAUUUCUUAAGCCUAUUGUUAACUAUCUCCAAAUUUUCUCCGUGCAUCAUGGUACCUCCUCUUACCUACUUCCCCGUACAUAUCCGUAAUGAGACGACCCUCCAAAGUUUUGUUUACAACGCCUCAUAUUAGUUGACAGAAUUUUACACCGGUUGUUGAUCUGAUGCAACCCCAUUUAUCACCUCAUACGACGGGUAGAGGUACCAUGGGAGUAUUCUGAUCCCCUGCCACAGGGUGAUUGGUAUUGUCAACUAUAAAGGGAAUUCCUCCACUCUACAGAAACAAUAACAUAUGCUUACUGGAAUCACCUACCUAGGUUUUCAACCAGUAUAAGCUCUGGACCCCGUUUUUGCUGAAGUCGUAGCAUUAUAUGACCCCUUGAGGUGAUGUUAAUGAUUUUCGUGUACUUCAAAAAUGUGUAUAUACUAUUAACUAUAAACGAGCGUAAGUAAAUAUUUCUAAUAACAACAUUUAGUUUCAAAAUUAUAUUUAUUAAACGGUCAUCUUGAAUUUUAUAAAAACGUUAUUUUUUUUUAACCGUUUAAAUUUUUUUUUUUUAUUUUAAAAUAUAUACAUAAAAUAGAAUAAUAUUAUACCGCAAAGAUCUAGAUAUUAUUAUGGAAAAAAAAAACUUAAAAAUAGUUUGAGCAGUACAAAAGUUAUUUCAGGUGUCAGAUGUUUGUGUUACAUCAGUGGCUCCAAGCCAUAUACAUUAUGUGUAGCAGUUACUACACAUUAUUCGAAAGGUGGUACGAAUUAAGUUGACUUUUGAGUGAUUUAAUAGAUCUUACUAAAUUUCCAAGUUACGUUUAAGUUCCAAUACGACUAUGAAACAAAAAAAAUGUAAGGGGUUAGAUAGAGAUAUAUUUUUAAAUUUCCAACUUUGCUGCACGUAACAGAUGACAAUAGUCGUAACCUAUACGUUACGACUAUUGUUGAAAAUCGGAAAAUGUCGACUUUUCGUUCAGUAGAGCCGAUUUUAUGCUGGUAGAUUUAACAUUCUAGUGAAUCGACCUUUUUAUAAAACUCACAUAUGACAAUUGUCUGUGUUUUUACGUUGGUUUUUUCGAUACAUUAAUAUUGUCGGGCGAGAUACGAUGAUUUUUAUAUUCACAUACUCGUAUCUCGCUUGACAAUAUUGAAAUAUUGAAAAGACCAACACAGGAUUGCGUAUGUCCAGCAUUCCUCCUAUGACCGCUAAUUUUUCACUUACAUUCUUUUAAUUUUAUAAUUCCAUAUGGUUAUUAUUGUUAUAUUCAUCUACGUUAAAUUAUUUACCGGGUGACCAUAAUGGUUACAAAACCAUAGGUAUCAUGGGAUGGCCAUAGAACGGGAAAAGGCGAUUUCAAAAUAUUAAUACUGAUUUUUCACUCCGUCAUGUCCUCACAUGUCCUUAGCACUUUGAAAUUCAAAAACUAAAUUGAUUUGAAUGCAUUUGCGGUUUGGUUUUGCUCAAUAACUAUAGACGCAUUAAAUCGAACGAGAAUAGAAAAUAAUUCCUAAAAAGGCCGUAGUUCGGAGACUAUACAUUAGAGAUACAAGACAAAUGAUAUUUCCGUCUUUAAGUUCGGAAACAGUAUAAGCCGAUAUUAAAACUGUGCAGCGGUACGAAAUGGGUUCUACCGGCCGAAAAGUCGGCGUUGUCCAAUUUUCAGCAUUUAGCCUCAACAACGUAAUAAGAUCCGUUCCACUCGAAAUCCGCCUCCGUUCUAUGUACGCGCGAUUAAUCACGACGCGUAUUUUAAUAAAAUAUGUCGACUCUGUCAGACAAACUUUAAGUCGAGCAUCAUUUUACAGUGUUGCCUCUGCACGUAUAUAAUAUAUAUGUCAAAACGUAUCGAACGCGUAAUAAUUAUCGUUUUAUGCGCGCGUUCACCAGACGCAUAUACCGCGCACACGUGAUUUAUAUGUUUCGUAAAAUAUCUUAAAAAAAUAUCGGUAUUAUAUUAUAAUAUUAUACGCGAGUACACGUCUAAGUUUGGUCAAUAAAUCUCGCGAUUUCCGAAUACGUAAAUAUAUUAUGACUCCACGAAUAUAUUACUCUUCUUCUUUUCCCACCACCCCUCCACCACCGAUUAACAUACGUGAGUAUAGCGCGUCGCCUAGGUAAAAUUUUUCGGUUUCUAAAAUUUCUUUUCGCGCACAGUCUCGACGCGAUACGAAUAAACCGUUAUUACCUACUAUAAUGUUAUGUAUAUUAUUCGAGUUACGAGUCGUUUCGAUAGUAAUAAUUAUUAUUGUGACGCACGACUGUAACGAAACGAAAUUUUAUAUAUUUUUUUUUUUUUUUAAACGUCACGUUCACUAUGAAAAUUUAAAACCUGUUUGCGCCGCCGGUUAAGUACUCGUAUAUUAGUUUUUACGCGUAAUAGAUUAGAAACAGAAAAAAAUAAGUGGAAAGGCGAGCCCGAUCGCGUUAUCCUAAAGGUAGACUUGUUAGCCAGAAAAAAAAAAAAAAAAAUUAUAUUAUAAUAUAAUAUAUGAAAUAGUGGCAAUUCCGGUAUUAUGUUUUUGUCUAUUUUCGGCUAAUAUUAUAAUAUUACGUUCCCAAUAGCGUAUAUUAUUUUUGGUGACACACGACAGAGUAUAUAAAAAAAUAUUAUCAAAAAUAAAUAAAAAACCUAUACACAGUGAGACGAAAAAAAAAUUGCAAAAAAAAAAAAGUUAAUCCCGCUUUGCAUAUGACGUACACAUAGGUUUAUGAUUCGCUAUAUACCUUUAUUGUAGCGAACAUAUUGUGUGAAUAACGAUUUGGAAAUCUUCCCGAAAUAUAUUAAAAAUUAUGUUCACUUUUAAUAAUAUGCGCAGUAUUUCUAUAUAAGAGUGAUUUUUCAGAUAUAUUCUCACCGCAUGUCGACACAACGUCUGCUAUAAUAUAAAAAAUAUAAUAACAUUCUCGUAUACGCAUUUUUUUGUUUUUGUUUUUGUUUUUGCUUUUUUUUUUUUUUUUUUUUUUUUUUUUUUUUUUUGUUAAUUUUAUUAUCUAGUAAUAAAAAAAAAAAUUGAAAAAUUAUGAUUACAGUUUGUAUAAUAUGGAAUUUUAUAAUUCGUAUUUUCUAUAAUAUACCUAUACAAUACUAUAUCGACUGUCCAGUUGAAGACUGCAACAAAUAAAAAAAAUAAAUAAAUAAAAAACUCAAUAAUGAGUUAUCGUACGCUUUUUUGUUCCCGUUUUCGAAACAAUUUUAAUUCUAAAAUGCAACGGAAAUCGGUCAAUCUGUUGAGCACUAGAGAGCUCUUGUUUCGUUUUAGAAUAAUAUAAUAUCCAGUUCUAAAGUAAAUCGAGCACCUAUACUUAUUGUAAUAUUAACCCGAGUAUUCAUAUACAAUCAGUAACAGUGACAACACAAAACAAUGGCCAAAAAUGUGUUCAUAACUAAUUUAUUGCGUGUUUUGUUCAAAUAUUCAUUGAAUUUUUAAAUCACUCUCCCGAAUAAAGCCUUUUUUUGAGUUGUUUCGGUCUUUAACCGGAUAGGCGAUAUUAUUAGUAUAUUAUUUUACUUUACUACGCCAUUGAUAUAAUAAUAUUAUGAUCAUGCGAAAUCGGUCUCGUCGGGUUUUUGUUAUACAUAUUACGUAUAUGAAUAAUACGAUAAUAUGUCCGAUCCAGAUCGCGCGGUUAAUUUGCCGUCGAAUUGUUUUUAUUUUUAAUAUCAUCUGUGUAUUUUUACAUAAUAAUAAUAUUGAUACAAUAUAAUGUUUACUACUUUGAUCUGUUAAAAAAACCAUAUAUAUAUAUACAUAUAUAAUAUGCAUUUGUUGUUGUUGUUAUUGUUGUUUUUUUUUUUUUAAUCAAAGUAUGAUAUUUAUACGUUAAAAUAAUAACAGAACCAUCUGAUUAUCUCUCUCUCUCUUCUCUCUUUCUCUCUAUCUCUCUCUCUCUUUCUGUCUCUCUAUCUAUCUUUAUCUGAUUCUCUACCUCCAUUUCUUUAUCCGGAUAAUAACCUACGGACGGAGGACAUUUCGAUAAGGAUUUUAUAAAUGUUCCUAUAUGGACUUUUGCGAAAAAUAAAACAUGGCGCAACCAAGAGACAUGUUGACAGUUCUCCGGGUACCUAACCAGCAAUUAAUAUGUGUAUAUAUAUGUAUAUAGUUCCCCGAGCACCUAUGUUGUUAUGCACAAAAAGAAAAACACAAAUUUUCGUGUGAUAACGAUAUAAACUCGUGGCUAAUCUGUUAAAACCGUACUGGGCAGUGACGUAUUUACGGGGAGAUAUCAGGGAAAUAUAUCUCCCCCCUUUUGAAUCUAUUAAUUAUCUACAUGACUAGCUAUUUUUAAAUAUUCAAAUUUCUGUACAUUUUAAUCAGAAAAAUUUAAAAUUGAAUGGGUAAUUAAUAAUGUCAAUUUAUUAAAAAACCUGAACGUGUACAUUUUACUGUUUAAAAUAAAACCUACAUUCAAACUACAGUAAUAUGAAAUUACUUACGAAACUUUAUAAAUAAAAAAUUUAUCAUUUCUUUUAGCCUGGGUACACAUUAUACAAUAUAACACAAUUUUCCUAAAUACCCUAUUAGUGUUGGGUAUAAUACUAUUAAAUGUCGAUAGCAUUUGAGUUGUUAUGUUUAAAAGUAUAUUAUAAUGGAACAGAGUUUAGCCGAGCUAAAAACGUAAAUCGCAUAAACAAGGAAAUUAUUAAUUGCUGGUUAUUUGGAGUAAUUUCAUGAGUGUCCCCUGUGGUAUAUCCGCCAUUUUCCUACAACCUCAUCUUUCUCUCUCUCUCUCUCUCUCUUUCUCUCGCUCUUUCUUUCUUUCUGACUUCCUUCUAUAAUACAGCUACAACAUUAAAAAUAACAGAAACAUACGUCGUUUAACGCAACAAUAAUGACGAUAGAUAUAUUUGGUUUUUUCCGAAUUUUAAUUUUUAAGUAUAACGAUUAAAUUAUUUAGUAUCAUAUAAUAUACCUAUUUAUAAAUGCAUAAAAAUACAUAAAUAUUUAAAUAAAUGGAUGAGAAAAAAAAUACAAAAGGAGUGACCGGCUGUUAUUAUUGUGCUGCAGACUGGUCAGAGGCUGGUGGAGGAGUCGGCGGCGGGAGCGCGGAGACGCUGUCCUGUUUCGUAUGCGGCAAGCGCCUGAGCACCAGGUUGACGUUGAAGCGGCACAUCGAACAGCAGCACAACCAGCCUCUCCACUCGGCCGUCUGCAACGUGUGCAACAAAGUGUUCCGCACGCUCAACAGUCUCAACAACCACAAGAGCAUUUACCACCGGAAACCCAAAGCGUACAAGUCGACCGGCGGCGGCGGAGUCGGUGGCGGCGGCGGCGGCGGCGGCGGUGGCGGAGGUGGAAAUGCAAGCAGCGGGGGUGCCGGUAACGGUAGUGUAAGCGGGGGUGGCUGCGGUGGCGGAACGACCGCGACGGGAGCAGCCGGUACCGCGGUAUCGGUAGGCGCGACCGCCGCCGCGACGGUGCAAGCGACCGCGACCGCGGUAUCGUCAACGUCGCCCGACGGUAACAACGGCGGCGGCGGCGGCGGCGGCGGCGUGUCCGGUACCGUCACCGCUACCACAGCAGCCGCCUCCACCAAGAACUUGCCGCCGUUGACCAUGUGGUACAACAACAACUGACACAAACUGCAGAGGAGCGCCUGAGAAGACAUUGGGUCGACGGUAUCCCCGUUGUCGGACAGCGUUUCUCGUCGCCGCCUAACGUAACCUAACUGUAACAUAUUAGAAUACAAUAAUAUAUAACCACAAAACGAUACGCCGGCGAUCAGCCCGCGUCCAGCCGGCCGCAAUUGCACGACUGCCCGGUAAAAUGAAAAAAAAAAAAAAAAAAAAUAAAGAAACAAACGUAUACAUUAAAAACUAACAGUAUUAUUAUAUGCAUUAUGCCACGUGCCGUAACGACGACUAUGAACAGUGCAAUAACGAAAAUGUUAUACAAUUUAUCUAUAAUUACGCUUUUUGAAGAUUUUUUUUUACGAAAACGUAGACGUUUCGAGUAUAUUAUUUGAAUUUAAUUGUACAACGUAUUGUAAUUCUUAGCGUAAGUUUUAUAGAGUAUUCCGUUCGUCCUCCUUUCCCCGUUACGACUGUACUCACAAAUUAUUAUUAUUAUUAUUAUUAUUAAUAUUAUAUAUUAUGAUAUUGUAUUAACGACGAAUUAUUAUUUCCUCCCGUUUUUUUUUUUUUUUUUAUAUAUAUAUAUAUAUACUAAUUAUAAACCAUUAACAUUAUAUAGAAUACUAGUGUGUUGUGUAUUAUAACUUUUUUUUUUUUUUCGUCGACGUUUAGACUGUUUUCGUACAAGGUUAUAUUCUAUAAAUUAUAUAUUAUAUUAUAUUAUACAUAUUAUACAUAUUAUUAUUAUUAUUAUUAUUAUUAUAGCCAAACGAAACGCCUAGUGUAAGUGGGCGCAACCAGUUUCCGCCGAAACGAACGAACGUAUUCUCCCCUGUCCGGGCGCCGCGCACAUUAUGCACGUUUCCACGGAACGUGUCCCUUGCCGUUUCCCGCUGAUACCCGUCCCCGCCGGAACGAACCCGGCCCGUUUCCGCGCCAAACGAAAUUCGACCCGAUAUAAAUAAAUUCCUUUUUGUGCCGUGCGAAAUACAACACACCCGAGUCCAGCAACGUUUACGCGGUCGCGACCGUUUAACUCCGACUUAGCGCCCGGGUACAAUAUUAUUAUUACUUUGGUAUUACCGAACGGUGGCUAUUUUUUUCAGUCAUUUCGCAGUGCGCGCGCAUAAUAUUGUAUUUGAGUCGCGCACGCGGUGUGGACGGAAAUUCGAAAUUUCAAUACCGAAAUGUAUUUUUUUUUCAUUAAUCCGUCAUUGGAUUUAUGGAAUUUUUAAUGUUGAGCGCCGAUCAAAAAUAAUAGUUUUGCCCGAAAAAAUAACGGUAGCGUAACAUUUUAGAGCUAUUUGUUUUAUUAGUUGUUUAAAAAAAAAAAAAAAAAAUGCCUAAAAAGUAUAAAUACUUCCGAGAUAAUUAUCGAGGAUUGAUUACGCUGUAAAUACUUUUAAAUAAUUUGCGAAACCUCGAGGCUCGUCUGUAAUAAAUAAUAAGGUGCAGUGGCGUAGCCAGCGGAUAGGUCUGGUAGGCUUACCCACUUUUCUCCGAAAACCAACACAAUUCUAAAAUCGAAAAUUUGUAAUAGUAGUCUUUUUCUAUACGAACAUUUAUAUUAUUUUAUCUGGCCCACCCAGAAAAAAAAAUUUCCAACUUCGUUUCUGGGCAGGCGUACAUUUUAAUUUUUUGAAAUGCACAAAAAUAGCGCCACUGCUGCCGAAUAUUAUUACACGCUCGUAGUAUGUCAGCGGGACAACGAGGAUUUUUUUCAAAGGGCAAUAUAUACACAUUGAAAACAAGUAGUCGGUCGACAAUGGUUUUAUCGAUGAAUAAUUAACAAAUCGCGAAACGCUCAAAACCGUCAAAUAUCGAAUUCAUCGAAUAAGACCCGAACCCCGUAAACGGCGACGUCCCACCGGGCGGACGUCACUGUAUGACCGAAAGUGUUUUCCUGUGCGAUGUCGCGGUACGGGAACGCGGUGUCGACGGGAAACUCGUAAUGACGCGGACGCGUUCGGGCGGAAAAAUGGAAAUUUUCGUUUCGACGGAAACCGCGGGUCCCGCCCGUAUUAUUAUUAUCACUCAUAUUGUUAAUUUUUAGAAUCUGUACAAUAACAUUAUAGGACAUUGUACAAGUAUAACGUUUAUUAUUGUUUACCGUAAAAGGGGAGGGGGAGGGGGAGGAACUUCGACACUUGCAUAAUAAUAAUAUUGUGUUUUCGGCAACAUUCAUCGCAUACGCCCGCGCGGCCGUAUCAUCGCGCUCAAGCGAAAAACGCGUGGAAAAACGUAAUGUCGUUAUCGUUUUGUUUUAUCUCGCGGCCGAGUAUUUUCGACGGUCGUUACAUUAUCGUUAUUGGCGUAACUUAAAACACCGUGUUUUCGCCACAUUGUAUACUACCAUUACCCCCCCCCUCCCUACCCACCCACGUGUAAUUUUACGUGCCUAAUAAUAAUAAUAAUAAUAUUGAAUAGCUUGUAGACACAGUAUUGUAUCGGUAUUAUAUUGAUAUACAUACAUAUAUAUAUAUAUACGUAUUUAAAAAACAACAACGAUUUAGUAUUAUUUUUUUGUACUUAAAGAAAAUAUAAAUAAUAAUAUAUUGUUAUAUAUACGUGUACACAUUAUAUACGUUAUACGCACAUUUUAUUUACAUAGAUAAUAUGUGCGUGUGUGUGUGUGUGUGCGUAUGUAUAGUGUAUAUGCGUGUGUAUAACCUGAAAACAAUAAUCGAUUUCGUGUUUUUUUUUGUAAACAGUUUGUAAAUCCCCCUUUCCCCCCAUCUCUGAUUAACAAUUAAUGCGCGACCCGAAACGGUGUGUCGACGAGCAAGCCCCCCCCCCCAAAAAAAAAAAAAAAUCUCUCCGGAAUCGUGGCAUGGUGUACUUUUGGUAUUGGUAGAGCUCUUUAUUAUUAUGUCACGUGUUCACGUGAAAUUAACAUUCGUUAACCGUGUGGAUACUUGAAAAAUCCUAGUACACGUAAUAUAUUAUAGUGUUUUAAUAUGUUCACUUUAAAGUUUAAGUUCAUCGUAUCGUUAGACGAUUUAAUUUUACAACAAAAACAAUUCGAAUUACAGAAAAUCCGCGGUAAAUUGAAUGGAAUGUUUGUAAUUAUUGUACGCGUCAUCGCCAGAACAAUAAGGUGGACAGGGUGAAUACGCGAAUAACGCUAAAACACGCGAACACGGUCCGCCGGACAGUAAAUUCACUCGUAUAAAAUUGCGUUUAACGCGAAAAUACCGGGCGAUAAACAUAGUAAUGUUAGCCAGCCGAGUUUUCUCCCCGUGAGAUUUCAAUAUUUUUCGCCGAUACGAACGCGCACUUCACGGCCGAAAUACGUAGAGUUUCCAUCAUACCUGUUUGUCCUUACCUUAAAAAUCUAACCGCUGGGGACCGAAUAUGAGCUCCAUCAUUAUAAGUUCUGUCCACCCAUCUCCGGCGCGGUUUCACCCCUCGGCGCCGUGCCACCAAAUCCUUCGCCGGUGGCUCUCUUCGAUAUCGUCUAUCGUCCGCUCACCAUACACCGCGACCCAGUCCAUUCCAGUCCUAUACCCUUAUAAUGACUAACUGGACCGAGAUUUUCCCCUUUCGCACAGCUCAUCAAUACGGGAAUUCGAUCUUAUUGCCCGUCCGUCUUCUUCGGUUUUAUAAUAUUAUAUUGGACCACAAAUCCAUCUCGCGUAUGAUAUUAUUGUUCUCUCAAAGUCGCCCUUCGCACGAGUAACAGGGACCCGCGUGGUGCAUGCGCGCGUCCGAGCGACAGUGGUCCUUACGUAAAUAAUAUAACUACGUAAAGUUGCUAUUGUUUCGUGUUUUUAUUUAUUUUUUUUUUUUUUUUUAAUAUUAUUGUUUCGUAUUUGAAAAGGUCAUGCUGGCGAGAAGUAACGCGGACAACUUUUUAUUAAUGUCGCUGUGCCCAUCGUUUUUACUGCCCGUCGUCGAUUAGGUUAGGCACUACUAUGAUUGAUUUUAUUGACUGACAAACUCCACUGUUUAUACAGUUCAAAUUUUCAUAAAUUGAAUACCCAUAGUUAUUUUAACGGAUUGUACAUAACGAAUGAUUGAUUUUUCGAAUAUGCAUUGAAAUUCAAUCGGUCGUGUCGCGAUGAAUAUACAUAAACUGUACACACGAUAGUCUGAUUUAGUUUAUGUUUACGGACUAACUAUUAUAAAUAUUUAACGGUAUCAAAAAAAAAAAAAAAAAAUUGAAAGUCUAGAAGUGUACAGCGGCGUGAACAUGAUCCAAUAUCGAACAAGUAUCUGUUACGGUUUACCCGUAGUUACCUGUAAUAUGUAUACUAGAACCAGUAUGGUAACUAUACGGUAAACGACGUGUGAAACGAACAAUCUCCCGCACCUGCAGUCGUGUUCGUGUCGGUAGGUCAGGUUAGGCGUAUUAUUAUUAUUAUUUUUUUUUUUUUGCACUUCAGUCUAGUAAAGCGACGCCAAAAUAGAAAAUCCCCCGUUGUCACCAAAGUUCGGUAUACAUGGCGACAAAAAACAAAAUAUGCAGCAGAUAACCGCAGACAAAAUAAUUCGCUCGCGACAGUCGAAUGUGCUUACCAAUGUGCGCUGCAAAGACCAAAGUUUUCGGUUAUUAUUCCGUCCCGGUUUCUGUAGAAUAUUACGCACGUGCAUAUUUCCUCUAAACGUUCCUUUAAAAAAAAAAAAAAAAAAAUUAUUUAUAUUUACAACAAUAAUAAUAUUUACGUUCGGGUACCGAAAAAAUAAGACUUUCAAUUUGGAUCGCCUGUCUGUUUUCGCGUGUGUUUAAUGUUUGUACAAUAUACGCCUAUAUAUAACCGAAAAUAAACAUAUGUCUAAUAUGUGUACCACCGGAAGUAUGUUUAUAUAGGUACAUAUUCGGUGGCUUUGUGCGAGUCUCCUCCCACACACCAUACGCAUUAUGUACAAAAGUAAACAACAUUCGCUAUGUUUUUUUUCGUCUUUACAGCAUUACGACAAUGUUUUAUCAGAACUCGUUCCGGCAAACCGACAGUGGUCCGCGUGUAAACGACAAAAAUUGUACGUUAUCGAUAGGGCCGAUGUUUUUUCAGUUGCGUGCCCUCAUCGUAUCCAAAAUCGAAUUCGUCUUGUGCGAAGGUUAAAUUGGGAACAUUUGCCUCGUUAUUGAUUAGCACUCGCUAUUACACGAAAUCGUUUGAAAAAUACUAACAGAAAUCACGCAGAUCGUUCUUCCAAAUCCAAAACUAUACGCGGACUUUGAAAAUAAAUAUAGUACCUGUAUCGUAUAAUUCGUGUCCAGUUUCACACCUAAAAAGAUGUUAUUUUAAUAAUAGCCGGUUAUAGUUCGCGCUAUACCUGGGUAGGUGUUAUAGGCGAAAAGUUGAUCAAGUUUACAUAUCGAAUAGGUAUUUUAACAGGCAACUACAGUAAAAACGUGUUUUAAAAAACUAGAUAAUCCAGAAAUUCUUAAAAGUCCGAAAUUCUAACGCGGUCAACCGUGUAGAAAUCGAAAUUUAAUCUUUGAAAUGUUUAAAUACGUAGUCAUCGGUUUCGCGAAUACAAUAAAGAAUUGUUAAAAAGCCGGACAUAUUUCGCACGGUGGGUAGGCCACUGCUAUUGCAGGUGGGAAAUGUGGAAAGUUUGCAAAAACGACUCGGAAUGGAUCUCGGUAAUCUGAUAAUCUAGUGAUCACGGUGACUACCAUCUAGUCUAUCAUCUAGUGACCUUACCUAUGAGUAGUAUCAAUUGUAAUUUUUCGCUUUGGUGUAGAGACAUCUUAUUACUUGGAAAUUCUUAUUACUUCUCGUGUACUUACUAUUUAUUACUAUUCAUGAAACGAAAAAAAAAAUGCGAUGCGUAGAUAUUAUGUAUGCAUGAGUUAUUAUAUUAUAUUAGAUAUACAAAAUAUAUAUUUGCCUCUCCCCUAGUCCGGGGGCUCUUCAAAAAUCGUUCGUGUUCGUUUCUAUACUCGGUUUUUCAACAAUACUAUUGUUACUCUCCCGACCGUGCACACACGCCAAAGACGGGUGCAUUAGUGUUUUUUUUUUUUGGACGCCGUCGUGUCGUUAGGUUUUCGGUAUGUAUGCGGACGGACGAAACAAAAAGGCAAUAUUUAAACCGUUCGUAUACAAUAAAAAUACAACGUUUUCGGGCGCGGUAUUGUGUAAUUAUUUCGCGUUCGCGAGUUUUCGGGUUUCCGGGGAUUUCUGUUUUGCGGUUGUUACAAUAAAAUAAUAUAUCAUCCACAUUUUAUGUAAUCGUAAUAAUAUAAAUUAUCGCGAAGAAGUGGAGCGGCCCGGUUCUGCGGGUGUAUUGUGCACGGCGCACGUCUCGGCAAAACGAAUACACAACGGACGAUAAAUCAGCCGCUGCGUUCAACGGGAAAUUUAACCUCCGAAAGAAAAGCCGAUUUUCAUUUGUAUUUAUUACAAUAAUAUUUAGUUUACGCCGUCGUCGUCGUAAUAUAUUAUUUCCCGUCGGCGGAAUACCGAAAUCAACGAGCGCUCAAAUACCCGUGCCUGUGUAUUAUAGUGUACAGUGCUCGAAUGGGGCGUGGGCGAGGUGGACGGAGUACGCCGCACACCGUUCCCCCGAACGCGAAACUAUACGCGGAUGUUGGAAACAAGUGCCUAUCGCAUUCGCAUACCGCGAGGACCGCUGUUUCCCCCUCCCCCUCCCCCAUAAUUUGUUUUAUUUUUCUGAUUCGAGUACGGAUAUUAUAACGUCGUGCCGUAUUCGAACACUGUUAAUUUGCGCUCGCGUCGCGGCGUGUACAGCGCCGUUUCCGGAUUCGGUAGUGUUACAACUAAGAGUAAGGGCGCGGCAAUUUUAUUUCUCGAUAACGGUUUACGGGGUUGUUGUUGUUGUUGUUGUUGUGUAUACCCGGUCCCGUACGAAAACGUAAAUUCCGCCGCAUAAAACGUAGCACAUUACACACGGUAUAUAAUAAUUGCGCGCGAUAUAUAAAUAAAGGUAGACAGACGUGUGCUAACAAUAUGCGCUCGCAGCAAAUACCCAACGCGGUGCGGUUUUGACAUGGCGUCUCUCGCGGGAAUACAAUCUGUGAUUUAUUAUUUCGGAAUAUUAUAUGAUGUUAAACACGAAAUCCGCUCUGUGCGCCGAGGCCUUUUCCGUUUUUUUUUUACUGCGCCUACGUCUAUACCGUGAAAGACGGAAAGAAAAAUAAAAAAAAAAAAAAUGAAAACCUUAUCAAGGACGCUUAUGAGCGUAGCGCUUUAUGGGAGUGAGCCGCGGACAACAGGGAAUGACGAAGAAACAAAAAACUACUCGCGUUCGAGGCGCAGUACUAAAGGAGAAUGCUUAAAUUAAAUUGGAUAGAUCAUACUGUAAAAAAUGAGGAUGUUUUCCGUAGAACAGGAGGCGAAUGAAGUCCCUUUGUACCCCGGAGAUUAAUAGAGAUAACUAGUUGGGCAUACACAUCGUCACAACAAUCUACUAGGAAGUCCAUUAAAGGGAUCCAUACAAGGGGAAAAAUAACCGAGGGAUGAUACCACUCGUAUAUAUGAGCCAAAUAAUUAAGGAUAUAGUUUGCGAAACACAUGACGAAUAAAAAAGAAAACAGGAGAAGAGCGGAGAACGGAGAACUGCUGCCAACUUUGGACUGUUAACGCAAGAAGAUCUAUAUUCUAACGCCCGUUAUUCAGGACCGUAUCGACACAAACAUUUAAUUUUCAGCCAAUUUACGUACGACUCAUCAGGUUUUUAGACUGUCGGUCAGUAAUUUACGUAAUCAAUCGCUCUACUGAGUCCAGAUCUAACGUGUUCAUAGAGACACCGGUCGAUUUCUUAUUUGAUAAAAAGCGACAAAACUGACGGAACAGGUUUUUUUUGUAUUUCGAUUUCUUUUAGAGGGGUGCUCACACUCGACAAUUAUUAUUUUGUUUACCGAUUUCUGAUUGCUGUAUAGACGUCUUUUUUUCCUUUUUUUUUUUUUUUACUAUCGUCUCAGCCCAGGAACGGAACUAAUAACAAAAAUAACAUACUGUAUUGGAUUAUAUACUGACGUGUAUUUAAUUGGAAUAUAGCAAAAUUGUAACGAAAAUAUAAUAACAUUCGUAAGUGUAGGUGUAAUUAAUUUUUAUUUUAUUUCUAGUCGGGUUCCAACCGGUUUUGAGUUAUUAGCACAACUCGUAACUCGUUACGACGACAGCGACGACGAUUAUUGUCGACAAUUAUUUUUUGAAUAGUUUUUUUAGUUAUAAGUGCAAUAGUAGGUACUUAUAGUACCUGUACCUACCUAGUCGUAUUUUUUAAUCGCAUAUUUUCACUUGGUUUCGAGUGCGUUUCAAUUGGAGAGAGGCCAAAACGAUGCCAUACAAUAUAAUAGAUACGUGUGCGAAGGAAUUUAAUCGAAAAAUUUGAUUUGAUAAAAUAAUUAUCAUCGUUUUUGUUGUUUCUUCAAUCCGAAAUGUUUCACGAAUAAAAAAAUGGUAUAUAUAGUUCGUCAUAUGUAAUAUUAUAUAUAUAUAUUAUAUUAUAAAAAUAAUAAAAAAAAAACCAUAUUUAUAUAAAAUUAUCUAAACACGCGCUGUUAAAACAUUUUCGGUGUGUUAUACAACGUGUAACGAAAACAAAAAUAUUAAGUAGACGUCACUCAAAACACGCGCAUAAAGUUUUUGUAAGCGAGUACAUAUUUAUACAUAUACAAGUAUACGUGGGAAAACAAGCGUUUUUUGAAUAAGACGUUGGAAAGUUAAAUUAUACGGGAGAUAAGUGCCACCCUGUGCAGUAGCGUAAUGAGAGAGAAGGUUUUGUAAGUGUAGCGACUCCCCCCCCACUGACCGUAUUUAAUCAUUACGGAUAGGUAAUUCAAAUAUAAUAAAAUAGUAAACGAUAAAUUUUACAAUUACAAUGUUCGUGUUUUUAAAAAAUUAUGACGUUAAAGAUUAUUGGUUAUUUUUAUCUCAAUUUAACAAUGCUUAUAUCCCGAGCUUGAGGACUAAAAUAUCGAAAAAAUAGCACUGACGUCGCACAGAUAAUAUUUUAUAUGUUUACUUUUGUUUAAGUUUGGUAAUAGGUCAAUUUACUUUAAUAUUAAAACAUUAACAGCACAAAGUUGUCCCUGCUGCACUAAAAUUUGCUAAGCCGUACGUUCGUAAGACGAAGAUGACAUAGCGUCCUCGCAAAUGUUUAACUAAUAAAUAGUGAUAAUGAAAACGAGAUUUUUAAUUUUUUCAUAACACGCCCCGCCCCCACUUCCUUUCGAAAUUCCUGGCUACUCACUUGUGAUUUAAAAUUCUUAGUGGCGCGUGGAAUACAUUGGUUUUACAAUGAAGUUUUUUUUUUUUCUGUUAACAACUUUUCUACCAGAAAUUUUGUGCAUAUUUUCAAGCGCAGCACGUUUUUGAAAGGAAAUCCGACUCGAGUGGUAGUUUAAAGAGAUCAUUUUUUUUUUGAUAAUCUCAGGGGUUUUUAUAAUAAAUGGGAAUAACGGGAAAAUUUACGUUAUUAAAUGUAUUAUAUUCAAAUCGUAAAUAUUACGGCUUUUCAAAACAUGUAGGCAUAAUCGAGCUCCGCUCAGAAGCGUUUUCCGUUAGCAAAGUUUAACCGUUGCGUACAGAUUUAAAUUAAAUUUCCCCUCUACCUUCUCAACUUAUCACCUACAACAGUUGUUCACCAAUCGUGUUAAAUAUGUCCGCUUGGUUUUGAUUCUGAGUAUUAUGUAGACCACAGAAGGGCGAUCGUGGAUAUCGUACGGCAGCAACGAUAUGUUUUAAUUACUAUGUCACUUUAUUUCAAAUGUUGUCCGUACCCCGCAAUUCCACCUCGGAUACUCGUAAAAUCAAAAGCACAUCACACGCGUCGUUUUUAAUGUCGAAGGUUGUUGUUGGGUUCUGUAAUUCCCGAGAAAUUCUUUAUAGAAAACCGCUAACGACUAUAUUAUCUACAGGCUACCGUAGUUUCGUAUAAAAACAACGGGAUUUAUAGCAAAUGUGUUUAAAUUUUUAAAAAAAUAUACGUAUCAUGCAAUCGAAAUAUCUCGAAAUGAUCUAAAAAAUCGAAUUACCGUUGACAUUUGUGUUUAUUUUUUCACCGUUCUCUGAGAACGAGUCUGUUGGGUAACGUGUACCAACUUCCCCCUCCUUUUGGCUGUCAAACUUUAAAAACAAAUUUAUUUUUUUUUUUUUCGCCUGAAUAAAAUAUUAUUACAUGAGUAAAUAAAAACAAGUUAUUGUAAAUACAUAAUAUAUUGUAAUAUAUUUACUUUUAUACGAAAAUAAAUAAAAAUUUUGAUUUUAUUCUCUUUUAGACAGUAUGAGCAUAGACGCCAGAUUUUUUAAAUGUUAUGGGUUGCGCACUAUUUCAGAUACUCAUAUACAGUUUUUCCCAACUCUUGCCAAUCUCAUAGGGGGCUGCGGCCCCAAGCCCCCUCCGUGUGUCUAACCUGCGUUUAAGUAUAAUUUAAAGGAAAGAGGGUGGGAGGACGAUGGUUUUAUUUUGGAAAUAUUAACUAAUUUACGCAAACUUUCACCCCGCCUACUCACCGUGCACUUAGGGUACAUUCGUCGCAAUGCAAAUACGACAGAGUGCAGUGUAUACGGCGGCGUGCGUUUCAAUAUAAUAUAACAAUAAUUAUAUUUUAUACGAGUGCGCCCUAUUUGUGAGGUUACAAAUUAUAAACGAACGGAUUUUUUUUUAUUUUUUUUUUUUUCGUGCUUAGGACUGAAAAAAGUGUUCCCGUGCUUGGCUUGCGGCAAAGUACUGUGCUCGAAAGCGAGUCUGAAGAGGCACGUGGCCGACAAGCACGCGUCCAGACAAGAGGAGUACCGGUGCGCCAUCUGUGAACGGGUGUACUGUUCGCGGAACUCGUUGAUGACGCACAUCUACACAUACCACAAGACGCGGCCCACCAUGCUGCUGCCACCACCGCCGCACCAUGCGCCCCCGCCGCCCACCACACACUCCGACAUCAAGUUCUAG